AUGAGCCCCAUCCUUCAGACAUUUGAAGUCCUGACAGUCACCGGCAUCUUACCCGUAACCCCACCAGCACCAGACAGAAAUACCAACCUCCACGGUAUUAUAAACCGUAUGUUUAAAGAAAAUAGUAGUGAACGGCUUCAGGUCGAGGAUGGUCUACUCAAAUGGAACCGUAUCGAACCCAUUUCGCAGAGGUUUGCGAACGACUAUCAGAAUCUACAUCCCCGCGUUCAUGCGGAGGUCCAGGUCCUGGAAUACUUUCAUCGCAAUUGCAUGAGCUUUGCGGGACAAGAUGCUUUCAUUGCUUGUAGCAAAGAUGCUUGUUUCUGCUGUGAGAUGUAUUUCCAGUACCACCCUGCUCGAGUGGUUGUUCCGCAAUCGCAUCAAAACAUCUGGACAAAUUGGUCACCGCCUUACGUGAGCGACUUUUCCAAAUCCAAUUCUGCGGCCAAAGAACAAUUGGAUAUACUAAAUAAAAUGGUUGAUCGACUUCGAGAACUGGCCAUCAGUCAAAUCCUUGGAAAAUCAUCAGCCGUAAACAAGCAUCCUGAUUCAAGGACCGGUAUCACCGAAAUUCCACACCCCAACUCAUCUGCGAUGGUUUGCAAUCUUCAGCAGGAAAACCUAGCAACCUCAUUGGGCGAACGUUCCAUAAGCCAGAAGUUGUCAGAAUUGAGCUUUUAUCCUCACAACGUGGCCACUGGCUUUGACGAAGUUAGAGAUGAAGAAGAUGAAUCUGACGUUGAGAACGGAGGUGUCCCCCUUGAUUUGUAA